UAUACCGAGCAUAGAACAACACUUCCUCGUUCUCAAAGUAUAUCGGGUCGGUUCUUUCACAGGCUAAGCCAACCUCCACACACGGUGACACAAGUCACAGCAACCAGAAUAUGCUCUGUGCCCACCUCUGCAUGUUUCCUGAAAAUCGGUGAUAAAAGAAUUUCAGGUUUGUUCACUUGAAAAUGGAUACGAAUCCGGGUCUUGUAAAUGGCGACGAACCAGCUUCAUGGGAUGAGUUUUACAACAUAAAUUUGGUCCCCUCGGAAUUGUUUGUCAAAUUCCGCAAAGAAAUGGAGGGUUUCAGACUUGGUGUUAAUUUAGAGUUCUAUAAUUCACCAAUCAAUGAUUUCCACACAAAGCUUGUACUAAAGCCUUUGUCACACGACAGAAGAUGGAAGUUCAUAUACGAACCCAUACAUCAAGAUGUGCGCGUGCUUACUAAGAAGAUUCCUUUAACUAAAUUCCUUAAUCUUCAGGUAGGCGUUGGUCAUAACUUUUCUUUAGGUGCUAUUGGGUGGAAAUGGAAGCUUACUUCGUGUUUGGGGGGCGAUAAUGUGUCUCGAAUUCGGAAUAAGACAUCAGUUGGAUUGUGUGAGGGUGUGGAUUUGCGGUUUGGCUGGAGGGCUGAUUAUGUUCUUCCCGAGAUUACUGGGGCUCUAGGCACCGGUGAACCGUUGUUUAACAUGAACUCAGGACGUCUUGAAGCAUCACUAGACAGAGUUGAGGCUAUCUUCACACAUGGAAAUUUAGAGUAUCUCCCCAAAGAGAAGGAAGAUUACUUCCUCAAGGAAAAUGUUGGGGAAGUAUGAAAAUCCUUUUAUGUCGUGUUAUUUUAUUUUUUAUUUUUUUUGACAUCGCGUAAAAUGAAGAAGAUUACAAAAUAAAAGAAAGCACUUUGUACUAAAUACCACUAUUUGUUCUCUUUACCUUGUA